AUGGAAGGAAACAAGUCCAUUUUGAGUGACAUCCUAGAGAUCCAGGGUUUUGACAUAUCUUCAGAAUUCACAUAUCCUCUGUUUUUCUUACUGCUGUUUGUUUACGUUUCCCUGCUUUUUUCUAACAUUGCAAUUCUUGUGCUAAUCAUCAUUGAAAAGAGUUUGCACCAGCCGAUGUACAUGCUGUUUUGUAACCUGUCCGUCAAUGAUCUCAUAGGUAACACGGUGCUACUGCCUCAGCUGAUGGCUCAUAUCAUUUCAACAGAAAGGUUUAUCACCUACAAACAGUGUGUGGUUCAGGCCUUUUACAGCCACAUGUUUGGUUCAGCUUCACAUAUGAUUCUCAUGAUCGGUCUUACAGUAAGGCUGCCACGUUGUGGAUCCUUGAUACAAAAUGCUUAUUGUGACAACGCAUCACUGUUCAAGCUUUCUUGUGAGAAUGUGUCCAUCAACAACAUUUAUGGACUCUUCUUCACUGUGCUGCUGUUUAGCUGCUCAAUAGGAGGUAUAGCUGCCACCUAUUUUAGAAUAGCUCUCGUCUGUUGGAUCAAGAAAAACAAAGAGCUGAAUAACAAAGCACUGCAAACCUGUGCAAGCCACCUUGUUCUUUAUCUGAUCAUGCUC